ACCCCGCUGUUGCUGCUGCUGUUGUGUUAUCCUGCUAUCCGGUAGCCUAGCUAAACUUAACGUUAGCUGUUAGCCUCGCCUUGAUCCUGCAACUCCCGACACAACGAGCGGGAAUGACCCACCGUUCGAGCUAAAAGGCACGGGGGGAGUGGGGGGCGAGUUGUCGCGAAUAACACAAUGAGAGCCUCUGAUAACUGAUUGACACCUGGCCGUCAUGGAACUGUACUGGUACAUAGUGGUUAUCGUAUUCAUCAUCAUCAAGAUUUUCUUCUACGUGUGCUGGUACCGAUCGAGGCAAAGGCAGCUGGCGGCGUACCUGAGCAACCCACGCAACGCCCAGAUCGUCAUUGUUGGAGGGAGGGCCUACCUCCAUCAGAUGUGCGAGAGACAGAGUCAAACCUCCGUCUGGCCCAGUUGGUACGGCGUUCAGGACGACCUGUCUAUAGAGGAGCCGUCUGCGGCUCUGGCGCCAGCUGCUUCCUUCUCCCACUUGGACAUGCCCCCACCAUACGAGGCCGUCUCCGGAGAGGACGACCUGAAGCCCCCUCCUUACAGCGAGUGUGCUCGCGGCGACGAAGGGGUCGGCGCCGCUCCUCCCGCCCAUCGAGCUGCUUUCCUCACUGAGGCGGACGCCGUUAGUGCAAACGAAGCCCCGCCCCCCUACACGCUGUCUCUCCCCGCGCAAGACGGUCCGCAAGGCGUCCCCGUCGGCCACAGUGAGUCCCCGGCGGAGAGCAGGUCCACCUAAUCGAGCCCGGAUACCAGUUUGCCUUCUCCGUGCACUGCCUUUCCUACAUUGAACCUCAGUGAUCGAGACCAGAUGUUUACUUGGAUGUGAGAAUAAAUGUGUGUGUGUGUGUGUGUGUGUGCGCGCAGGUUUGGUGGUUUAUAGAUCCACAUUUUUUCUACUUUGUAUUGUGUAAAAAAAAUUAAAAAAAAAAUUAAAAAAAAGGAAUAGAGAUAAUCUGAUGGGUUUAACAACAUCAGCAAGCCUGUGUGCCUCAGUCAGGAAUGCAGAACCCAGAGGAUAGAGAUGGUCCCCAUGACCUCCGAGCUCACGGGGAGCGGAUGAGAAACGGAUCAGCGGUCCUUCCCGCUGUGCGAGGCCACUUCCUCUCACAUAACCAGGUCACUUAUUCUGCAAUUGUGUUUCAGUAAAUGAGCCGUACUUGGCUCCUGCUACCGGCGGACGUCGUUUCUGAAGAAAUACUCGGCCCCGUUGUGCGCGUCAAUACACAUCCGAGUCGCAUAAAAUGAACAGAGGCAUUAUAGACAUUCCAAUUAGACUCCUGUGCAAUUUAUUCAGUAACUUGUAAGUGUUUCAACUUCAGCAAACUGUUUUUACUUUUCAUCAAAACUGCACCACGUAUUAUUUGAAGACACAAUGUUGACUGGGAACUAUUUGAUGAUGAAUGCACUAAUUGUCUUCAAUAAUUACCCAUUUAACACAACUGGUCCUGUUUUAAUACAUGGUGGUGACCAUACUGGCACGUUAGGCAAUUCAAUAUCACGUCUGUGACGGAAGUGAGCGAGGACAAGCGGAACAAGCUGGUGAAAUAGUUUAUGCAGGUGGAUAAGAGAUUGUUCUCUGUUGCCGGGUGCUUUGUGUUGCAUUGCUAUUGCGCCUAUAUGCCAGAAAUAAAAAGACGCUGCGCAGACUAAAUAAUCCAGAAUUGCGUUAUUUCUGUGUUAUGCUGUGGAUUUAAGGGGGAAUAGUUGUUGUUCUCCCACAACGCAUAUGAAAACAGUUUCUGUAGUCGUAGAUCAAGCUGUAAGAUAAUCAGGUCAGGUAUGAAUUCUAAUUUUGAGCUUCAGGCUUGGAAUGAAAAGGAAAAUGAAAACAAUCCUUUGAAGAGAAUCGGCACAGGGCAGUGAACUCCGGCUCACACAGCGUUGGAGCUGAAGGCUAAAAUGUCAGACAAAACUCAGUUACUUUUCAUAAAUCUUGCAAAAUGAAGACUAACCAAAAAAACAUGCUUUUAUUUUUCCUCGUAAUUUCCAUGUAAACAUGCCACAGGUUGGUAGGUCAGCCUGUGGAUUUCCUGUGUUUAUAUUCUCCUGUUGUUUUGGGAGAAGCUGUUACUCUGCGUUUUGUAUCGCUGCAUUUCAGAAGUUCGAUGCACUUAAAUGAUCCGCUUCCUAUGUUUGUAACCCACUGCAAAACACCUGUGAACAGUUGGAACAAACACCAUGAGCGCUGUACUAAUGCAUCCUGUGGGACAUUAUGAGGUGACUUGCAUGGGAGAGUCAGAAGUAGAUAUCAAGCGUUUUUGACUGACAGUCCUUCAUGUUGUGAUGACAAAUCGUGCGGCAUCGAUCACUGAUGCCUUCCCCUGUGGAUCUACAGAAUGAAUUCCAAAUGUCGCCCUGACCGCCGUCUGACGUCACUAAACGGGGCUCCCUCUGCCACGUGUGUCCUGUUUGAGUAAUUGAUGUUUGCUCCCGCGGUGGUUGACCCGUCACGUCUCUCCACUUGCUAGCGUUGUGUGUUAAUCUGGGGCAGGCGGGUGUGUGUAUUAAACUGUUACUCAUCUUUGGGCUGUUUUGGUUUUCUUGCUUUACGGUUUCUUAGCAGAUUUGAUGGUUGCAUUUCUUUCUCAAGUUCAAACAGAGGAGACAGAUGGUUUUUUUUUUUCUUUUUGCACAAAUCCUUUUCCUUUUUUGAGACAAAUCCUGUGCUGUGCCACUAGAGAGCAGUCUUCUACCAGGGAGGAUCGGCCCCCCCUCCCUGCUCCUGUGCAGCCUGCACCUGUUGCUGAGCACGUGCACUGAGCGCUCGUUGCCAUCUCCGCUGUAUUGAUUGAAACAUUUGAUUACAUCUUUUUGGGGACAGAAAAAGGAAUUGUGAUUUUAUUUUAUUUUUGUUCCAGUUUGUUCUUCAGAUGGAGGAAAAAUGCCCUUUAAUCUAAAAUCAAUAGUGCCGCCCGCUUGUGGAAUACGGGGGAGAGUGGAUUCGCAAGGACAUUAAUUUUUCAUAUCUUAGCCCCUCAGCUGCCGCAUCACUAAGCUGCAUACAAAUCAGCCGAGCUUCAACAACUGACAAUGUGCGUACUCUCCAUUAUGAACCUUUGUUUUUUUGUAAAGUAUUGUGUGUGAAACAAAAGCGCACAAAACGAGCCAAAAAAAAAGUACUUCCAUGCUUUAUUGAUUCUAAAUAUGCAGCAUUUGGUGCUUUUAUGUAAAUAUUACUUUAAACAUUUAAAUUAAA